UCCUCUCCUCCCAUCCUAGAGGACAGAGCGAUGCGGAGACAAUAGGACGCAGAGCCCGGAGGAGACUGAGCGAUGCCCGGCGCCACAUCCGCACACGCACCGCUGCUCGGAGGCUUCUCAGCGGACACGGAGAGCAGGCGACCCCCGGCUCACCUGGCCCUAGCAUGCGCCCCCACCGCCCCGCGUGUUCAGCUGCAGCCCGGGCUCACAGCGCGGACCCCAUAUGGGAGCACACCGAGGGUGACUCCAGCCUUUAGCUGCUGCGGCUCUUGUUGUGCCUGAGCGUCCAUUCCCCAGUUUUUCCCUCCGGCUCCAUCCCCUGAAACUGUCCCCAUUAUGAGCUCCUCUCCGCUGGUGUCCCGAGCUAACAUGGACAUCCUGGAUGAGCUGCAGCUGAUCGCAGCCCAGAACCUGGAGAGGCUGGAGGUCAACAAGUACUACGAGGUGAUCAGGGAGCUGGGCAAAGGCACCUAUGGUAAGGUGGACCUAGUCAUCCACAAGAUCAGAGGCACAAAAAUGGCUCUGAAGUUCCUGAAGAAGAAAACCACCAAGCUGAAGUCGUUUCUGCGGGAGUACAGCAUCUCGCUCUACCUGUCUCCCUGCCCCUUCAUCAUCAACAUGUUCGGCAUUGCCUUUGAAACCGACGAAUACUUUGUGUUCGCGCAGGAGUACGCUCUGGCAGGAGACCUCUUCGAUAUCAUUCCUCCACAGGUUGGUCUUCCAGAGGCAGUGGCAAAGCGCUGCGUGCACCAAGUAGCCAUCGCUCUGGACUACCUGCACUGUAAGAAGCUGGUCCACAGGGACAUCAAGCCCGAAAACAUCCUCAUUUUUGACAGAGAGUGCCGCAAGGUCAAGCUGUCCGACUUUGGCAUGACCCGCCGGGCUGGCUCGCCUGUGAAAAGAGUGAGUGGUACCAUCCCCUACACGGCUCCGGAACUCUGCGAUGUGUCCCGCCACGAGGGCUUCUGCGUGGACUACAGCACUGACGUCUGGGCCUUCGGCGUGCUGCUCUUCUGCAUGCUGACCGGCAACUUCCCCUGGGAGAAGGCGCUGCCCUCCGACUCCUUCUACCAGGAGUUCAUCCGCUGGCAGAGGAGGAGGACGAACACGGUGCCGUCACAGUGGAGGCGCUUCACCGAGCAGGCCCUCCGCAUGUUCCGCCGACUGCUCUCCGUGGAGCAGGACCGCCGCUGCUCUGUCAAGGAGGUGUUCGGCUACUUCAGCCACUCCUGGAUGCUGGAUACGGAGAACAACAACAACAACGGCAACAGCAACACGGGAGGCGGAGGAGGUGGAGAGAGGGUUGGCGGUGGCGGAGGAGGAGGAGGAGGAGGAAUCGUGCAAGGCGAGGUGAAUGGCACCAUCUCAUCGUCGUCGUCUGGGGAGGAGGAUGAGGAGCUGCUGGUGGAGCGGAUGAAGCAGCAGACUCUGUCCCCUCUCUCUCCAAUGUCUCCUGUGGUGGUGGAGCGGGGGAACGGUGGCGGGGCCAAGGGCGGGUUGAUGGAACAGGUCAACGGCCACCAUUUCGUGCCCGUCUCCACCAACAGUUCAGUGUCGUCCACCAACAGUUACGAUCGAAUGCCGCGAGAGAGCAGUUCACCGGGCAGCCGCAUGCUGGUGGCCACGCCCAUAGAGAUCUGCGUGUGAGCGUGUCCGGAUGUUACCGUCACAGACUCACCCCACCACACGUUUAUACCUCCCAUCCAACCACCUAGAUGUGCAUGCCUGGAAGACGAAACAAUCAGACGUACACGUGUCCUGUUGUUAACAUCCUGAGAGCGGCACAGCACAGAAAGUCUUUGUCGAGUACGUACAUCGCUCACGAGGUUAAAAAAACACUUUGGAUUCAAUGACGAGACAGUUUUUGUGAAACCCAGAGGAAGAAAUGAGAAAUUGCUUCCAUUAGAGAUUCUGUCACAUCGGAGAAGAAGACCAAAAUGUAUUUCUUAAAGCAAUACUUCCAGCAAAAAAUAAAUGAAAUGAAAUAAAAAAAAUAAAGACAGAAAAGCGGCAGAACGCUGUGUGAAAUCUUCAAGACGUCAAAGGAUUUGUAUUUUUGAAGAUGCAGAGUUCAAGGAAUCACCAAUCAAGAUAAAAAAAAAAAGAAACGAGUGAACAUUUGUUUUAAAUGUGUCACGUGUAAUGUGAACGUGUGAGUGUAUCACUGUAUGAAUCUAAAAGAAGUGGAUUUAUUUUUGCUUUGAGGAUUUUCUUAUUUAUUGGAAUCUAAAAAGACUGCACACUAUUUUUUCUAUUGUUUUCUUUUGUAAAGUAGCUCUCUUUCUUUUCUUGUCUUUCUGUCGGGACUUUACGUUAUGAUUUGGUGUAUCGGAGUAGCUGUGCCACACCCACUUCUCUGUACAACACGUGGUUGGCUGCUGUACAUAUUGGUGUCAGUACAUUAUGUUUGAGUUGUGACCAGUGGUUUCCAGAUGUAAUAUUUCCCCUCUGCUGGACAUAAACCAAUAUGAGUGUGAGACUGGACUGAGAGAAAGACGCCGCCGCCUCUGUUCUUCAUGACAAACAUAUCGUCUUCACCGGUGAAACAUUAUUUUCUACUCUCUCUUGAAAUUCUGUUUGUACAACUUCUGUUUUCUUUUGAGUAUCGUCUGAAAAGAAAAACUAUCACUUUGCAUUUUCGGUUCAAUCUGAGGAAAACAGAACACGUGAAACACGUCACUUUUUGUGAACUGCAUGACAAGUAGCUCAAAGUUAACUUUCAAGAAAAUUGAAACCGGCUUUCCAAAAAAAUAUAUAUGAAAAAAUAGUUUUAAAAGAAUCGUAAAACAUUGUGAUGUAGAACUUUUGCCGUAGCACAAUUCCUCGCAUCAUGUCGAAGUGGGAAUAUCGCCGUUAUGAUCUCUUAGGGCUAAAAAUUGGAACAAUAAUUAGUUUCUAUUCAGUGUGUUGUAUUUGUAUUGCUAUUAAUGUUGUGUACUCAUCUCACCACAUUCAGGAACAGAAAAAAAAAGAGCAAAGCAUGAGGACGUAGAGCGAGAGGCUUGAAUUAAAAAUUAUAGGUAAGGAAUUAAUUGAUGCAUUUUUAGAAGAGAUUCUAAACAGCCACCUUUAGUGAGGUAGUGUGGCAUGGAUGUUUUUUUAAACAAUUUAAAAUUAACAGCAAAAAAGUAAUCCAAUCCUUUCUUUGACUCAUCAUGAAUAUUACCUGAAUAAUCGAAAGAAAAACAAAAAAACAUCAGGUCAUGUAUAUGAAUGGACGUUUCGUGUGUUGUUUUCCAGACAUAAAUCUGCAUGAAUUUGUCUGUUGUGAAAACCUGCUCAGUGUUGCUCCCGUCACAAGCUGUAGUUCUCUGUAGAUGUCGUGCAGCUGCAAACAACAUGUCUCUUCAUCCCGUGAGAGUCGGCGGCCUCAGCUCGGAUCUGUCCCAACUGAGGAUCGGCUCAACGGCUCUCACAUGAACCUGCUCCGAUCGCAUCCCUCAGAGCUGCUCCCGGAUCAGCCGGCGAGUAUGCAAAUGACUACAUCUUGUGACAAUCUCUGACCUCAUCCUCAGCAUCAGCCCUCUGACUCAGAACAACGGACAGAGCUGAUACAGUCACUGCUGUCACGCUGUUCGCUGCAGCCUCUCCAUCGGCCAGCUGCAAGCAGCGUUCACUGUGUGAGCUCCGGCUGGGGGGGCCUCUCCCAUGACAACAUGCAGAGGAGGGUGCACAGGCCUGUACAUGACCUCAUCAUGUCAUUCUUUCCCUGCGUUAACUCUUCUCCCACAAACCACCAUUCUACCUCUCCACAGCGUCUCAGCCAUCCAUCCUAACAAGCCUCAUUUUACAUUAAGUCCAGCGAGAAGCUCUGCGGAUCUGGCAGUGGCGGAGGCCAAGGGUGGACAGCGGUGACCACAGGGGCAACAAAACAACUUGGCAGUGCCUCCACUAUCUUAGGCUUCAUCCAUUUUACUACAUUUUCCAACUAUCUCUGUCCACCCAAGCUCUGUAAUUUGAAUCCCUCUCCAUGCAUCACCUGACCCGGUGUAGGUCGGUAGAGGGUCAUGUGAUUGUAGCCCGACGAAUCAGCGAAGGCUUCAUCAUGACCACAAAGAGCCAACCAGCAAACAUAUGUGCGUCUACAUCAUUGUUUCCAAACAUCUCAGUUUCUGCCCGUCCAGACAAAAUCACAGCGCCAGAGCUUUCAAUCUAAUUUGGGGCCAGCAGCGUUUCCGUGUGUGGACAGCAGGCAUACCGGUAGCAGAGAAAGAAAAACAUAGUUGUGGAUGUAGCCUUAGAUAGCAUCAAGCUAACAUUUAACUUCAGAUUCAUAUUACUCAUACUAACGUAGACCCGUAAACAGCUUUUACUCAUCCACUAUUUUUUAAUAUAUGGUGUCAAAUCCAAAAUGCUUCCACACAUACUUUCUCUCAUGCCUCAUCCGAGUGACAGUGAACCUUUAACUUUGAUGAGAAUUGUCUUUCACAGUUUAAGUGGCGAAACAAAGAGUUUUGCACGCACACUGUAUCGGCAUGGUGUAUUUUAGUGGGUUUCCACUUACUUUUAUAAUUAAAUUUCUUGGCUUGUUUCUUUGAAACAGGAAGAUUUGUCAUUAUUUCAGCCUGCAAUGUUAUUACCGGCUCAUUCAAAAGACACAUUUUGCUCAUCAAAAAACAUCCUCCUACGUCCACUAAGUUGUCCGUAAUAAUAAAUGUUCCUUCGGGAAGGCCGUAAAGUUGAGAGCAAAACCAAGAUGAUCCUCUAAACGCGAGCAACAAGUUGACUUUCAGUAAACAUUUCGGCAUAAUUUCGUCCAAAUUAGUUUUUAAAUUGUAAUGCAAGUUAUAUAAUCUGUAAGUUUAAAAGAUCAGAAUCGAUCUCUUUUCUACCUGAGCUCGGUGUAAGGAUGAGUAGCUAACACCAAUGUAGAAAUUUAAGGGUCAGUAUGUAGGAUUUAGUGACCACUAGUGGUGAAGUUCAAUAUCGCAAGCAACUGAAAACACUUGCGCAUGUGUAGCAGACACUGGUGGUGUUCAGGAUUCGUAAAACUGAGAGGCCCACUCUACAGUCACUGUUUGGUUUGUCCAUUCUGGGCUGCUGUAGAAAGAUGGCGACACAACAUGGCAGGGUAUUGUGGGAGAGGAAAGGGCAAAGGGCUCCUUUUGAGGUAACAAAAACACUGUAUACACGAAUGAAAACGAUGAAUAUUACAUUCCAUUGACUGAUCGACUCCCUCAAAUCCUACACACUGGACCUUUAAAUGAUGCGUUCCUCCAUCUCUCUUCCUCCCAACGCCUGAGGCCUCCUCAACUCAUCCAUAAUGUCACGUGUUGUAAUGGAGAGUCAGUGUCUCUCUCUCCAGUGGCAUGUUUCAAAGCAUCACGAUUUCAGUGGAGUUUCAGUGAGUAGAUGACCACAGCACUCAAACUCGUACCCAGUUCUGUCGCUGCAUUACAAAUGUCUUCCUGUACGCUGAGGUUUAGUCAAUAAAAUGAGAAUUCUUGUUGGGUA